AUGGAGUUGAGAAAGUGCGAAGAGUUGGUGAAUGAGUUGUCGGGGCUAUACGAAUCGCUUCGCAAGGCAUCUAAAAUCAAGGAAGAAUUGCUUCCAAAGCUGAAAGGGGUCAAUGGAGAAGCUUUGGAAGGCGCGGAGACAGACGCAGACGACUCAACGGAUGCUGCCAAAACCAAUCCGCCCCAUUCCCUUGCCAACGCAGUUGAGCUAAUACACCAUGUUCAAAAGAUUCUACAAGAGUUGGAACCAAAGAUGGACAAGUUUCAGAAACGGUUGGACGAAAAGGAUCCAAUUUCUGGCAAUCCACGAUAUGGAGAAAAGACACAACAACGAGUCACCUAUAUUCUUCAUAUUUACAACUCUGUAAAGCAGUAUGUCCCAGACGACAGGAUUUCAGCAGCUGAGGGCACUGUCACCAACAGUACGGAUGUGUUAUUAGACAAUCCAUUACGUCUCUUGGAAAAACAAUAUCUCAAAGAGCAAGAGGAACACAAGAUGCAAAUCGAACUAGAGGAAAAGCAGGCUAUAGAGGAACAAACAAAAAUAGCAGAAGACGAAAGGAGACGGCAGUUUGAGGCAGAACAGAAACAAAAACAACAAAAGGAGGAAGAAGAAAGAGUACUACGAGAAGAACGAGAAAGGCUACACCAACAAGCGGAACAAGUCCGUCAGGAAAGGGCCGUGCAGCACCGACAAGAACAAGAAUGGUUCGAGAGCAUUCAAAAGGGACCUGAAGGAGUGAAGCAUUACCUCGAGAAGCUGAAACAAUCAACAAGUGACCAACCAGCCCUUGUUCACACAAAAGCUGUCGAAAGUCUAUAUCGCAUAUUCCAGCAAAUCAAUGCCCACCCCGAAGAAACCAAGUUUCGACGGAUCCGUCGUGACCAUGAACAGUUUGUUGAAGAUGUUGGACGUCAUGGCGGUGGAAUAGAAGUGUUGAUUGCCGCUGGUUUUGUAUUGGGUGCCAUAGACGACGUUCCCUGUUACUUGUCUAUUGAGCCAAACAUUGAAAAGGACAUGGAUGGUUGGUCAAAGUGGUUUGAUGUCAACAAAGCGACUUUCGAGGUCUUGGAAGAAGCGGUGCAAAAUUUGAAAUCGACAAAAUGA